AUGUCUUUUAGCCAUCAUGUCCGAAAAACCAGCAAACGGACUUUUCCAUUGGAAUCCCUUCUGAUGCCACAAGUUCCACGAAACAAUUACUUACACUUUCAGGAAGAGAAGCAAAGACUCCAUCUAAAGAAAUUCCUCAUUCAUAGGAUGUUUUUAGUGGCCAAGAUUCCAGCAAACACGGAAAAAAGAGACAUUUCUGAAUACUAUGAACAGGUGUUUCAGUCAAUUGUGAAACAUCACCUAGGAGAACUGGUGACAGGAUUACUGCUCAUGUAUCCCACCUCCAUUCUCCACAUCCUUGAGUCUUCCAGUGGCACUCUUCUCAGAAUUCUUCUAGAUUACAUUGACCGUGAAAAGAAUGAUGAUGAGUUUUUAAUCCAAGGAAUGAAAAUAGUAGUUGUGUCCCAUAACAUCCCAUCGAGGCUCUUCAUGCAGUGGCAGGUCUCGGUAAUAAAAGUGCCAGUUAUGUAUCUUGACGAUGUGACACAGUCCCAGUCACUAGAAGAGGUCAUCACAGAAUUUCUCACCCAAACUCAUAAACUAGGAGCGUAUCUUUUCAAGACUGUUAAAGUGGGCACUAAAGGGCCAGGUGAUAACUUGCACCAGGCUGUACCUGAACUACUCCUCCCAGAACAAAUAAUAAAGUACUUGUGCAAAUGUGAAGAAUUCCUGGACCCAGCAACAUUCAUAAAAAUGUAUAAUAAUCCCAUAUAUGUCACUUUGGAUUCUGAAGUGGUAUGGCCUGCUCCUGACCAUUUCUAG